ACGUUGCGAAACUGGCUUGCAAUCUUUUCUGACUCAUCGUUUGGAAAUAAUAAUAAUAAAAAAAACAACCUUUUUCUUCCUUUCUUUCUUUUAAUCCUUCCUUCUCCUCCUGCUCCUCCGUCCCCUCCUCCCGUGCGGCUGGCACCGGAGAGGAAAACAGUCGGGAUUUUGACACCACGUUUGGGCUGCUUUUGCAAAAUGCGACAUGCUUUCCUGUGAGCGGUGUGUUGUGCGCACCUCGCAGCCCGUUACGCCGUGAACAGUAGCAGGACCAGCCGUGGCACCGCUCUGUUUGUUAUUGACUUGUGGAGGCUGUAUCUCAUCCUGGCUGCCACUUUUUUGGGGGUGGGGGGAUUUUAUUUCGGAUUUGGACUCGGUCAUCGGUCUUUGCGGAGCUGACGCGCUGUCAACACACGCGCCGUGAGGUGAGGUGAGGGGAGGGGAAGACAGGGGAAGGGACGGUCCUGUCACCCAACGUGGACCAGGAGUCAGGGCGUUUUAGCUGCAGCCUGCCAGGGCACUGAGUGGGCACAGUGAAUUAGUCCUAAACCCUCCGCUGUUAAACUACAUGUGCCUGGCUCCAAAUGAUCUCCUAAUCUCUGGGAAUCGCCCGCCGUCCAGCACUGAGGACGUCUCUGUACCCGAAGCAGACAGCGAUCAAGAUGGAGAGCGAAAAGAAGAGGAGAAAAUACUCCACAAGCAGCAACGACUCUGACACCACUGACAGUCAAGUGACGUCGUGGUCUAGGUCAUCCAAGAAUACGGGCACCAGCAGCACAUGGGUCCGCCACCAGCACAAGAAACCAUCAGAGGUAUUUCGUACUGACUUCAUCACUGCCAUGAAGCUGCCAGACUCAGCCCAGCUUGGCCCAGACGACUUCUACGUGCUUUCAGACCCCUGGAGACAAGAGUGGGAGAAGGGAGUGCAAGUCCCAGCCAACCUGGAGGCCAUACCGGAGCCUGUGGUCAGGUUGCUGCCGGAGUCAACAGGUGGUCUGUCCAACAACGGGCAGGAGAGGGAAGGUGAUACUCAGCGUCCUCCGACCCAGCUCUACAGCUGCUAUGACCUGGAUGACCUGGAUGUUGCCUGGCUACAGAUAGUCAACCAAGAGUUCAGACAGAUGGGCUUACCAGAGCUGGAUGAGCUCACAAUGGAGUGUGUUCUGGUCGAGCUGGAGAGCGUGUGCGAGGAGAAGAUGCAGCAGGCCAUCGAGACAGAGGAAGGCCUGGGCAUCGAGUACGAUGAGGACGUGGUGUGUGACGUCUGCCGCUCACCGGAGGGAGAAGACGGCAACGAGAUGGUCUUCUGUGACAAGUGCAAUGUCUGUGUUCAUCAGGCGUGUUACGGCAUCCUGAAGGUACCCCAGGGGAACUGGCUGUGUCGGACCUGCGCUCUCGGGGUCCAGCCAAAAUGUCUUCUCUGCCCCAAGAGAGGGGGGGCCCUCAAGCCCACCCGUAGUGGAACCAAGUGGGUCCACGUCAGCUGUGCCUUAUGGAUCCCUGAGGUGAGUAUAGGCUGUCCAGAGAAGAUGGAGCCGAUUACCAAGGUGUCCCACAUCCCCGCCAGCCGCUGGGCUCUGUCCUGCAGCCUGUGUCGAGAGCACACGGGAACCUGCAUACAAUGCUCCAUGCCCUCCUGUAUCGUGGCCUUCCAUGUGACCUGCGCCUUCGACCACGGCCUAGAGAUGAAGACCAUACUGGCCGAGAAUGACGAGGUGCGCUUCAAGUCCUUCUGCCUGGAGCACAGCAACACCAGUACAAGCACCAACAGCACCUUCAGUUCGACCGGAUUGAGCAACGGCAAUCACAUCACUGCUUCCACUGCCAAUGGAGCACAUGGCUCAGCCAGACCUGAGUGGGCCACCACUGGUGUCACCCCUGAGCUUCGGCAGGACCAGCAAAACGAGUCAAAUGGCAGCAGUGACCCGGAGCAGAGGUCGGUAUCGCACCUGAUUUCAGUCUCAGCAUCAGAGCGAGCUGAGCGCGACCAACUGGAGAGGGAGAAAGUGAGCCAGAGGAAGCAGAAGCUUCAGGAGCUGGAGGAUGAGUUUUACCAACUCGUGGACCCCAGGGAGGUUGCCGAAAACCUGGGGCUCCCCACCUCCCAGGUGGACUACUUAUAUCAGUUCUGGAAGCUGAAGAGGAAGGCCAACUUUAACCGACCUCUGGUGACCUUAAAGAGGGACGAGGUGGACAACCUGGCCCAACAGGAGCAGGACGUCCUCUACAGACGCCUCAAACUCUUCACACACCUCCGACAAGACCUGGAAAGAGUGCGCAAUCUGUGCUACAUGGUGACACGGAGGGAGAAAAUGAAACACACCCUCUGUGACCUGCAGGAAAAGAUCUUCCACCUGCAGAUACAACUGCUGGAAGAAGACAUGGCUGGAGAGAAAACCCAGAAGGGAGAAAAGAGGAAGCAGAAUGGAGUGAAGGAUAAAGGGAAGGAGAGGAGGAAGAAUAGUCCUGAGAAGAAAAAGGAGAGAUAGUCAGAGAACGGCUCCCUACUUAAAGAGCUAGGUUUGUCAAAGUCAUUCCCAUUGGACAACUCUUUGUUCGACAGCUGGCUCGCCCAGUCAGUUCAGAUCACCGCUGACGACAUGCUGAGCCAAUGGGCUUUGGGUGCCCAACAUCGGGACAAGAGUGGCAGCCUGCUCUCUGACCAGCUUCUGCAGGGUGAGGAGAGCCUGCUCAACUUAAUGAUGGAGAACUCCAUGCAGUCCACGUGGAAAACACCCCAGCUGGGGCGCAGACCUAAAGGGGGCAACAAGCCCCGUGUUCGUGGACAACCAACCACUCCCUCCCAGCCUCAGACACUCCUGUCUGCAGCAGCUGCAUCCGCUGGCAGCAGCCCCUCCACCGCAAAGAGGCUCUGGGCAAGCGUGGCCGAGGAAAAAUCCAGCCAUGUGGGUCGGAAAGGGGAAAGGAACAAAGGCUCCUCCAAGACUGUGCACCACCCCCUUCAUCACCACCAGACCAGGAGCUCCGACCUUUACAGGGAACCACCGCCACAGCCACCCAUCUCCAAAAUGGAUUCUUGUCACAUCUCGGAGGAUCACGGUCCAUGGGACAGCAUCCAUGCAGGGAAUGGUGUUGUGUCAGGGGCUGGAUCUGGUUUCACAGCGAGCUCAAAUCCACCAGUCUCUGGUCUUGGGUUCACAACAGCAGACGCUGGGACGAUCUUUCGUGGCGGGACCCCACGGCACCGUCUGGCGCGCCACGGUAAAUCUAGAGGGAGGGGCGUCGGUGGAGGUGUAGCGAGGUUAGAGUCCAUGGACCUGCCGCUCGCAGGACAAGACACAUCCCUGUUAGACGCUGCUGAGACUGAUGGGUACUUCUCUGAUGGCGAGCAGAGUGAUUCAGACACACGCACCGGUGGGCGCAAGCUCCGCCUGCCGCAGUUGCACUCUGGGAACGAGGACCUGCUGAGAAGGAGCGUGCUGGCUUCCUAAAGAACUGAGAUUCAAAUAGACAAACAUAAGCAGUUAUCCAAGCAGAAUCCUGCUGGCUAAUUGUUUUUUCCAUCUGUGCCCAGCAUACAGUCUAUAAAACACGGCUGGAUCGCUUUGUUCAACCAAAAUCUCGAUCACAUCCAUCAGUGGAAAAUCUUCAGCUCCUAACCUGCUCUGUUUUUAGGGGGGAGGGGAUUUGAAUGUAGCCGUUUGCCUAUCAUACAGAAAAGCUUCUCCACUGGACUGCAGUUUGUUGUUAGCUUAACAUAAGAUGUGAUGCAUUCAGCAGAUAGGAAACAAACAUUAACUUCAGUCUUUUUUUUUUUUUUUUUUUGUGUUGUAUAUUUCAGAUUCAGCUCAUUUCUGGGUGUCCAAGCACCCAGUUCCUGCCUCAUGUCUGUGGUAUCUGCCAGACUUGGGAACAAACACUUUGGGGCAUUAUUAUUAUAAUUAUUAUUAUUAUUCAAGCUGGUUUCAGGGUAUGCUUCAUUCUUGGCCUUUAUGGCCUGAGUUGCAUCCAGUGAGUGCUUGUUUUCUUGAAUAUGUUCAGUGGAAAAGACAAUUUCACACCAGAGUUGGUCUGAAUAUGUGCAGCGGAUAACAGCUUGUAUUCAGCCUUGAAAAGCACAACAUAGCUAGUCAUAAGAGCUGUAAUGUAAGCACUUGUGUGUAUAAUAGAUGCUCAUUCAGGGUUGGGGUCAAUUUUCCUCCUUUUUGACUUGGUUGUAAAAUGUACACUGAAGCCUUCAUUCUCAAAUUCAUUUUUACAUUUUACUUAAAAAAAAAAAAAAAUCUCCAGCUUUGCCAGUUUUUGAAUAGUGAACACAUUGACCCCAACCCUGAUGCUCAUUCAGAUUUUCACACAGACACACAAACACACACACACACAAACAUACUGACACACAAACUACCAUAAGCGGAUCCCUUUGCUCACAUCACAGCGGUUGUUGAAAUAUUUGGUCUGACUUUUGUCAGCUGCUUUCAAAUUAUUCCUAAUUCUGAGUUCUUUUAUUCCCAAAUCUUUGAAGAAAAAUCAUUGUACAAACUCUGUGCCUUCUGUCGCUUGCCCUGUGGCCCUGCGUCCCCCUCAAUCGACACCAACUUUCUAAAUCAACCAAACAAUCACUGAGUAGAUCAAUCAGUCGUUUCUCAAUCGGAUUUGUAACAAUCAAGCCAAAAGGAAAUCCCACUGGAGUGGUUACUGAGCGUAGCUAGCAUUGGGCUCCUUGUCACCUUAACAAUUGUGUAGUGCCUGAAAGGAUGUAAAUGCAGCAUUUGCCAUUUAUCAACAGAGCAUCUCCUGCAGCAUGCAAAGCAGAGCAACACCAUACUGUCAGUGCAAAGAGCUGCCUGCUGUGCUGUGCCCCCCUGACUUACAUCACUGCAGCCCAGAGCCAUCAAUAAGCAGAGUUUGGCCAGGUUGCACUGUAAGCACCAUGUGUCUGCCACUGAGAAGGAGACCUCUCAUUUCAAAUUUCAUAUGUAAACAUGUGUUUUUGAUUUUAAUUUUUGGACUGAAUUACAGUGGUAACUCAUAUUACAUCUUGUCGUGUUACUGCAGAUGGUGCUCAUUUGCGGUGUGGUUAACCAGUAGAUCAAUUUAAAGUUAAAAGUCCAAUCACAUUUUUCAACCUCUCACAAAUGUGGCUAGCUGAGAUGUCUUCAUGUAACUGAAGUUUGAGAGACAUGUUUUAGAAACAGUUAAAGACCAUUUUUGCCAGUUAGUAUGACCAUCCAUUGUGUAGUUUGACUAAAUUAUUGUUACUAAAUGGCCCAUUCCUAGUUAACACAUCAUGCAAAACUAGCCCAGACUCAACGCACCACGAAAACAUGGCAUAAAAAAAUCCAAUAUAUAUUUAUAUAUACACACACAUAUACCAGAUGACAAGAAUUGGGGAAAUUAGUUCAUUUUUGUUAGUCAGAUCAUCCAUGUGUAUCUAUGCAGUUUAUUAUUUUGUUAUAUGAAGACCAACGUGGCAGCCACUGGUGUUUGACGUGGCCAAGCUUUCACAACCCAUGGCUCCCUGCACGUGUUGUUCCUGUUAGAUAGAUGUAGACAAUGUAAUAAUCAGCUUCAGAGGCCUGCGCUCUUAAGUCCUUGAAUUGAUUUGUUUGUAAAUUUGUUUUUAAAAAAAAAAAAAAAGCGGUUCGUGUUGUUUUUCUCAGAGAGUUGUAUUUUGUACUUUAAGCAGUCCAUGGUAUUCUCAGGGGUUAAAAAAAAAACUUUUAAAAAAGAAGAAUAAAA